UAACUCGGGGCUGUGAUGCGUGUUCCCGUAGAUCCGAGCACCAGCCGGCGCUUCAGCCCCCCCUCCAGCAGCCUGCAGCCGGGCAAGAUGAGCGACGUGAGCCCCGCGGUGGCCGCGCAGCAGCAGCAACAGCAGCAGCAGCAGCAGCAGCCGCAGCAGCAGCAGCAGGAGGCGGCGGCCGCCACAGUGCCGCGGUUGCGGCCGCCGCACGACAACCGCACCAUGGUGGAGAUCAUCGCCGACCACCCGGCCGAGCUCGUGCGCACCGACAGCCCCAACUUCCUGUGCUCUGUGCUGCCCUCGCACUGGCGCUGCAACAAGACCCUGCCGGUGGCCUUCAAGGUGGUAGCCCUAGGAGAAGUACCAGAUGGGACUGUGGUUACUGUCAUGGCGGGAAACGAUGAAAAUUAUUCUGCUGAGCUCCGAAAUGCCUCUGCUGUCAUGAAAAACCAAGUAGCAAGGUUCAACGAUCUGAGAUUUGUGGGCCGGAGUGGACGAGGCAAGAGUUUCACCUUGACCAUAACAGUCUUCACAAAUCCUCCCCAAGUAGCCACCUAUCACAGAGCUAUUAAAGUUACAGUGGACGGACCCCGGGAACCCAGAAGGCACAGACAGAAGCUUGAUGACUCUAAACCUAGUUUGUUCUCUGACCGCCUCAGUGAUUUAGGGCGCAUUCCUCAUCCCAGUAUGAGAGUAGGUGUCCCGCCUCAGAACCCACGGCCCUCCCUGAACUCUGCACCAAGUCCUUUUAAUCCACAAGGACAGAGUCAGAUUACAGACCCCAGGCAGGCGCAGUCGUCCCCGCCCUGGUCCUAUGACCAGUCUUACCCUUCGUACCUGAACCAGUUGACACCCCCGUCCAUCCACUCCACCACCCCGCUGUCUUCCACGCGGGGCACUGGGCUUCCUGCCAUCACCGACGUGCCCAGGCGAAUUUCAGAUGAUGACACUGCCUCCUCUGACUUCUGCCUCUGGCCUUCCCCUCUCAGUAAGAAGAGCCAGGCAGGUGCUUCAGAACUGGGCCCUUUUUCAGACCCCAGGCAGUUCCCCAGCAUUCCGUCCCUCACUGAGAGCCGCUUCUCCAACCCACGAAUGCACUACCCAGCCACCUUUACUUAUACCCCGCCAGUCACCUCAGGCAUGACCCUCGGCAUGUCUGCCACCACCCACUACCACACCUACCUGCCACCACCCUACCCCGGCUCCUCCCAAAGCCAGAGCGGACCUUUCCAGACCAGCAGUACUCCGUAUCUCUACUAUGGCACUUCGUCGGGAUCCUAUCAGUUCCCCGUGGUGCCAGGGGGAGACCGGUCUCCCUCCAGAAUGCUCCCACCGUGCACCACCACCGCCAACGGCAGCACGCUAUUAAACCCCAAUCUGCCCAACCAGAGUGACGGGGUGGAUGCGGACGGAAGCCACAGCAGUUCCCCAACUGUGUUGAAUUCUAGUGGCAGAAUGGAUGAAUCCGUUUGGCGACCAUACUGAGAUUCCUCAGCCGUGGCCUGGUGGUAUCUGGGGCCGCACCCCGCACGUGUCAACAUAUACAUAU